AUGACCGACCAACAGCGCGAUGUUUCUCAGUACAAAUACUCGGCGAUGUCCAACCUGGUUCUCCAGGCGGACCGUCGGUUUGUUACUCGGCGCAACGAUGAAGUAACUGGGGACCCAGAAUCACUUGCUGGUAGGCUAAGCAUCCGGGAUAUGGGAUCGAGAAAUGCGCGCGACAAUGCGCCAAAGCAGAAGAAAAAGGCUUUGGGAUUACCUGAUGUAGAGAGGGGCGGUUUACAGGAAGGUCAAGAUGUGUUGGAACGAGAACAACGCAAACGAAAGCGUGGGGAACCUGCGCAACUACGGGGAACUGGUAUCCUGUCGGCAUCUGACGCGCUGGUUGAAGGUAUCGUGUAUCGGCCACGAACAUCUGCCACUCGAGCAACUUACGAUCUUAUCCUCACUACCGUCGCCAACAAUCUAGGUGAUGUUUCGCACGAAAUCGUUCGAAGUGCUGCGGAUGCUGUCUUGGAGUUUCUCAAGGACGAUGACAUGAAAGAUUUCGAUAAAAAGAAAGAAAUAGAUGAUUUACUAGGCGCCACCAUGACCCCCAAGGCAUUUAAUGAGCUAGUAAAUUUGGGAAAGAAGAUAACCGAUUACGACGCACAAGAUGAAGACGAGGUCAUGGCAGAUGGGGAAAAUCGCGGUGAAGAUGGGGCAGACAUUGAUGACCGCCAAGGUGUCGCUGUUGUCUUUGACGACAAUUCUGAAGAUGAAGAUGGGGCAGAAAUGAUAAAUGAAAUACGCGAUGAGUCGUCUGAAGAUGAAGAAGAUCGUGAAGACCGUCCUGGGGAAGAAGAGACUGCAACAGCGGGCGGUGCUGGCAAAGACAGGGCGGAAGAGAGUGAUGAAUCGGAGGCAGACGCGAUGAUUCUAGAAGCUGGGCCUCGUGAGAAAACAGACACCAAAGACAAGAAGAAGAAUAUUGUUCCAGCAAGAGAUAUUGACGCUUACUGGUUACAAAGGCAAAUUGGCACAAUUUAUUCGGAUGCACAUAUUCAACAAGUCAAGACACAGCAAGCCCUUCACAUAUUAUCUGGUGCUCCGGAGGAGGAAGGCGGUGAAGAGAAGCCGUUACGAGAAAUCGAAAACGACCUCGCCGAGCUUUUUGAUUACGAAAAUCACGAGCUCGUUCACAAACUCAUCACCAACAGAGACAAAGUAGUAUGGCUGACCCGUUUAGCGCGAGCUGAGGAUGCGGAGGAUAGGGGCGUGGUCGAGAGAAAGAUAGCUUCGGAAGGCCUAAGAUGGAUCCUUGAUGAGCUACGAGGAGUCAUCUCCAGUGGAGAUGGAUCCAAGAAGCGCAAGCUAGAGAUCAAAAUGGACAUAGAUGUUCCCAGCGCACUGACGAAUGGUGGCGCCAAGAAAGAAAAUACAGGUGAUGAAGGACUUGUUGGAGGUUUGCAACCAGGAAAGCUUAUUAACCUGGAAAAUCUUGUGUUUGAUCAAGGCAAUCACUUAAUGACGAAUCCCAAGGUCAAGCUCCCCGAAGGUUCAACCAAGCGUACCUUUAAGGGCUAUGAGGAGAUACAUGUGCCACCCCCAAAGAAGCGCAACGACCCGAGUGAUCGCGAUAUUCCCGUCUCAGAGAUGCCAGAGUGGUCGCGAGUACCAUUUAGCUCGGCAACAAAGCUAAACAAGAUUCAAUCCGCCUGUUUCCCUCAAGCUUUCCAAGACGACGGCAACAUGCUGAUAUGUGCGCCCACUGGAAGUGGAAAGACGAAUGUUGGAAUGUUGGCUAUUCUUCGUGAGAUUGGCAAGAACCGGAAUCCAGACACUGGUGACAUAAAUCUAGACGCAUUCAAGAUUGUCUAUAUCGCACCUUUAAAAGCUUUAGUUCAGGAGCAGGUCGGCAACUUCGGUGCCCGGCUGAAACCGUAUGGCAUUACUGUUUCUGAGCUGACUGGCGACCGACAGCUCACAAAACAGCAAAUUGCUGAUACCCAGAUUAUUGUCACAACGCCCGAGAAGUGGGAUGUCAUUACGAGAAAGGCAACGGAUCUAAGCUAUACCAAUCUUGUACGACUAAUCAUCAUUGAUGAGAUUCAUCUGUUGCACGACGACCGUGGCCCUGUACUGGAGAGUAUUGUCAGUCGAACGAUUAGAAAAAUGGAACAGACCGGCGAUCCUGUCCGUCUAGUCGGUCUGUCUGCCACACUGCCCAACUAUCGCGAUGUUGCAAGCUUUUUGCGCGUUGAUCCUCUGAAAGGUAUGUUUCAUUUUGAUGGAUCUUUCCGUCCCUGUCCGCUUCGCCAAGAAUUCGUUGGGAUCACGGAGAAGAAGGCGAUCAAGCAACUCAAAACAAUGAACGAUGUAACCUACACGAAAGUCCUCGAGCAUGUAGGGAAGAACAACCACCAGAUGCUCAUUUUUGUACACUCCCGCAAGGAGACGUCAAAAACUGCCAGAUACAUUCGAGACAAAGCGUUGGAAAUGGAGACUAUUGGCCAAAUCUUGAGAAGCGAUGCUGGUAGCAGAGAAGCACUGAAUUCCGAAGCGGAAGCUGUGAAUGACAGAGAGCUGAAAGACCUGCUGCCCUACGGUAUCGGCAUCCAUCAUGCAGGCAUGAGUCGGCCAGAUCGUACUUCCGUUGAAGAUCUAUUUAAUGAUGGAAUGAUACAAGUCCUCGUAUGCACGGCUACACUUGCUUGGGGCGUCAAUCUGCCUGCCCAUACCGUCAUAAUCAAGGGUACACAAGUCUACUCCCCUGAGAAGGGCAGCUGGGUUGAGCUGAGCCCGCAAGACGUUCUUCAGAUGCUGGGUCGAGCGGGUAGACCGCAGUACGACACUUAUGGCGAAGGCAUCAUCAUCACUACCCAAAGUGAGAUGCAGUAUUACCUGUCCCUUCUCAAUCAACAACUGCCAAUAGAGAGUCAAUUUGUCAGUAAAUUGGUCGACAACUUGAAUGCCGAAGUCGUCCUUGGAAAUGUCCGAAGUCGCGACGAAGGGGUUGAGUGGUUAGGCUACACCUAUCUGUUUGUCCGCAUGCUGCGUUCACCUGGCCUGUACAGUGUUGGUGCAGAUUAUGAAGGAGAUAGUGCCCUAGAACAGAAGCGUGUAGACCUCAUCCACUCAGCUGCUGUCGUUCUCGAGAAGUCAAACCUCAUCAAGUACGACAAAAAGACUGGUAAACUACAAUCCACAGAGCUCGGCCGCAUCGCUUCGCACUACUAUAUUACACAUAGCUCAAUGUUGACCUACAACCACCACAUUCAGCCUUCAAUCACUCCCAUUGAGCUUUUCCGCGUAUUUGCUUUGAGCGACGAGUUCAAAUACAUUCCCGUUCGUCAAGACGAGAAGCUCGAGCUCGCUAAAUUACUGGGACGCGUUCCCAUUCCUGUGAAGGAAGGCAUAGAGGAGCCUCAUGCGAAGAUCAACGUGCUUUUGCAAGCAUACAUUUCUCGCCUCAAGCUUGAGGGCCUUGCACUGAUGGCAGAUCUUGUUUACGUCACUCAAUCCGCAGGCAGAAUUCUCAGAGCAAUUUUCGAGAUCACUCUCAAAAAAGGCUGGUCUUCCGUUGCGAAGACGGCAUUGGAGCUCUGUAAAAUGGCGGAAAAGCGUAUGUGGCCCACAAUGACCCCUCUGAGACAAUUCCAGAGCUGUCCGCGAGACAUCGUGCAGAAAGCUGAGCGGAUUGAUGUACCAUGGGCGAAUUAUUUCGAUUUAGACCCUCCCCGUAUGGGCGAGCUCCUCGGACUCCCUAAGGCUGGCAAGACUGUGUGUAAUCUUGUGUCUAAAUUUCCACGAUUAGACGUGCAGGCUCAGGUUCAACCUAUGACCAGAUCAAUGCUGAGGGUGGAGUUAACAAUCACGCCUAGGUUCGAAUGGGAUGAAGAUAUUCAUGGCUCGGCCGAAAGCUUCUGGAUCAUUGCGGAAGACUGUGACGGAGAAGACAUUCUUUUCCAUGACCAAUUCAUUCUCCGUAAAGACUUUGCCCAGUCUGAAGAAAACCAGCAUGUCGUGGAGUUCACGGUGCCGAUAACAGAACCUAUGCCUCCCAACUACUUCGUUUCUGUCAUCUCCGAUAGAUGGAUGCACUCAGAAACCAAACUAGCCGUCUCAUUUCAGAAACUGAUUUUACCGGAGAAGUUCCCCCCGCAUACGCCUCUACUUGACUUGCAACCAUUACCGGUUGCGGCGUUGAAAAGCAACGACUUCAAAUCUUUGUACCCUAAUUGGGAGCGAUUUAACAAGAUUCAAACUCAGGCUUUCAACUCCUUAUUUUCAACUGACGACAACGUCUUUAUAGGGGCUCCAACAGGCAGCGGCAAGACUGUAUGUGCCGAAUUUGCACUCCUCCGCCACUGGAACAAACAAACCGCUGGCCGUGUAGUCUAUAUUGCUCCGUUUCAGGAGCUUGUUGACGCCAGGCUGGUAGAUUGGCAACUUCGCUUCGCUGAACUUCGUGGAGGUAAAGAGAUCGUGAAGCUAACUGGCGAAACCACUGCAGACCUCAAGCUACUUGAACGAGGUGAUCUUGUCCUUGCUACGCCUUCGCAGUGGGACGUCUUGUCUCGCCAAUGGCAACGACGAAAGAACAUACAAAAUGUUGAACUCUUCAUCGCGGACGAGCUCCAUAUGCUUGGCGGACACUCAGGCUUUGUGUAUGAGAUCAUUGUGUCGCGCAUGAACUAUAUCCGAUCGCAGACUGAACUUCCUCUUCGAAUCAUUGGUCUAAGUGUAUCUCUCGCCAAUGCCCGCGACAUUGGUGAGUGGAUUGACGCUAAAAAGCAUAACAUCUACAACUUCAGUCCCCAUGUUCGAUCUGUUCCUCUGGAGCUACACGUCCAAUCAUUCACCAUCCCGCACUUCCCAUCGUUGAUGCUCGCUAUGGCGAAGCCGACUUAUCUCUCCAUACUGCAAAUGUCAGCAGACAAACCCGCCCUUGUCUUUGUCCCCAGUAGGAAGCAGGCUAGGGCCACUACUAGGGACUUACUAGCUGCUUGUGUCGCUAGUGACGACGAAGACCGCUUCCUGCACGCAGACGUUGAUCAAAUGAGACCUUUAUUGGAGCGUAUCGGAGAGGAGGCGCUGGCGGAAGCAGUCUCGCAUGGCGUUGGAUAUUACCACGAGGCUUUGAGCGCAAGUGACAAGCGAAUAGUUAAGCAUCUAUACAAUAACGGUGCUAUUCAGGUGUUGGUUGCCUCUCGCGAUGUAUGCUGGGAGUUGGAUUGCGUUGCCCACCUGGUCGUCGUUAUGGGCACUCAGUACUAUGAAGGCCGAGAACAUCGAUAUGUGGACUAUCCAUUGAGUGAGGUUUUGCAGAUGUUUGGGAAGGCAUCUCGCCCGCUCGAGGAUAAGUUGGGCCGUGGCGUGCUGAUGGUGCCGGCUGUGAAGCGCGAGUACUACAAGAAGUUCCUAAAUGAGGCACUUCCUAUUGAGAGUCACCUUCAAGCGUAUCUGCAUGAUGCGUUCGUGUCCGAAAUCAGCACUAAAAUGAUCGAAUCUGCUGAUGAUGCGAUCAACUGGACCACAUUCACAUACUUCUAUCGUCGUCUUCUAGCAAAUCCUAGUUACUACAGUUUGCUGGAUGUGUCACAUGAAGGUCUAAGCGCACAUCUUUCAGAGCUGGUAGAAACAACCUUGAAAGAAUUGGCAGAGUUCAAAAUCAUCGAUUUAGAUGAGGAAGACGAUUCCGUUACACCACUCAACGCAGCCAUGAUUGCGGCCUACUACAAUAUCUCAUAUGUCACUAUGCAAACCUUUCUGCUGUCGCUAAGUGGGAAGACUAAACUGAAAGGAAUAUUGGAGAUAAUCACCUCAGCCACGGAGUUUGAAUCCAUUCAGAUCCGUAGGCAUGAAGAUAAUCUUUUGCGACGGGUAUAUGAUCGAGUGCCAGUCAAAAUGGGACAGCCAAGUUAUGAUUCACCGCAUUUCAAGGCCUUCGUUCUUCUCCAAGCUCACUUCUCGCGAAUGCAGCUACCAAUUGAUUUGGCUAAAGACCAAGAAAUCAUCUUGACGAAAGUUAUCAGCUUGCUAAGUGCCACUGUAGAUAUUUUGUCGUCAGAUGGCCACAUAAACGCCAUGAACGCCAUGGAGAUGUCGCAGAUGGUUGUGCAGGGCAUGUGGGAUCGCGAUAGUCCGUUGAAGCAGAUUCCCCAUUUCACACCAGAAGUAAUUGCUGCUGCAAACAAAUCUGGUGUCAAAGAUAUCUUUGAGUUCAUGGAGGCUAUGGAUCCCUCUGAAAACCCGGAUUACGAAGCUCUUGUAAAGCGUUUGAGCCUUUCUCAAACCCAGUUGGCGCAAGCUGCAGCCUUCACCAACAACAAAUAUCCGAAUAUUGAACUGGAUUUCCAAGUUGAGGAUCCAGAAAAUAUCACGGCUGGAGAUCCUGCUUACUUGAAGGUCAAAAUUGCGCGCGAGGUAGACGAAGACGAUGAGGCUGGGGAUGUUGAUAUGACAGUGCAUGCGCCAUUCUAUCCCCAAAAGAAGAUGGAAAACUGGUGGCUGGUAGUCGGCGAAGAAAGCUCCAAGACCCUCCUUGCAAUAAAACGCAUAACAAUUGGAAAGUCUCUGAACGUGAGACUGGAGUACACGGUCCCCACGCCCGGAAAACAUGAGCUGAAGCUGUACUUGAUGAGUGACAGCUACGUGGGCGUCGAUCAGGAUCCGGAAUUUACAGUGGACGUCGCAGAGGGCAUGGACGAGGACGAUGAUGAGGAAGACGAAGAGUAG